GAGGGAGAAUUUUUUCUUUCUUCCUGCGCCAACAAGCUCUUUAAAAGUGCACAAUGGCGCGUUCCAAGCAAAAUAAGAAAAUAAUCAAGGAUAGUACCGUUGCCACUGCAGACGAACAGAUGUCGAAUUCGUCUCCUUCGCCAUCGAUACCAAUUGAAGCCGAACGGCAGCUUUUCGCUGAUCCGCAACGCACAACAAAUUUUCGUUUCAUUUUACUGGCUUUCUCUGUGGGUUACUUCUUUCAAAAGUCUUUCCGGCAAUUCAUUUUACCCUAUGGUCCAGCUGCGAGAAUUUCACGUGGCGACCGUACCGAAUACUCCAGCAUCGACUGGACUAAUGAUAGUCUAAAGACAAAACACGGUAGAACCAAGCGAAUCUACGAACGUCUCGAAAACGGGGAGGAACCGCUUAUGAAAGGUGCCGAGACCGUAGUUUUCGGAAAAGAUGGAACCAUGUACGUGCUUACAGAAGAAGCAAAUCUGCUGAGUCUGACAGAUUUUGAAGAUGACGAAGACGGAGUUACGAUCACAGCGAAAGCCGAUGUAGUCAAGGAUCUCGGCGCGGGCCGUCCGCUUGGUGCGAAGUUCACAAUGGAUGGAAAGACGUUGUACAUUGCGGAUACUCUUCUUGGUCUCACUCGCGUCCAGAAUGUUAAGGAUCCGACUUCCAAGGUCGAAAUAGUGGCUUCGGGAGUCAUGGACGGCGGCCGUAUGUCCAAGUUCCUGUAUACGGACGAUGUCUGCGUAGGGCCUAAAACGGGAAAGAUUUAUUUUUCCGACGCCUCUACAGUGGUUCCAGAUCGUAUCAAAACUGAUUCAUGGGAUACGUUGUACGCAUCUAAAAUAGACUUAGCACGAGGAGUCGGUACCGGUCGCAUUCUGGAAUACGAUCCUUCGACAGAUCAAGUUUCGGUUCUGGCUACUGGAUUUCGGUUUGCGAAUGGCAUUGCAGUCUCGAAAGACGAAAGCUACGUGUUCUUUGUGGAGACUUUUGGUAUUCGCCUCUGGAAGUACCAUUUGAAAGGAGAGAAGAAAGGUGAAUUGGAGGUUGUUGCGGAUAGCAAGGACAUGACAGGCUAUCUGGACGGGGCCGAUUGUGACUGGAACAAACCCGAAAAGUGUUAUGCAGUCAUGCCAAGCGCCAUUGUACCAAUGCACAAGCUAUGGAAUAUGCUCCCAGAAGCGCUUGACGUCUUGUUCCGAACUUUUUUGAUGUCAUUGCCACGUACUCUCGCUCCCAGCGUGAAAUCAUACGGGGCGAUUUUGGAAGUUGACUCGGUCACAAAAGAAGUUCGAUACAUCCAAGAUCCAUCUGGUGAGGACAUUUCGAUGAUUACCGGUGUCACAGUGCACAGGAACAAGCUCUACUUGGGUUCUUUGAAAAACGCUUAUAUCGGGGUUUAUACUCUGGAUUAG